AGCAGUUCCGCUCCUACUCGGAGAGCGAGAAGCAAUGGAAGGCCCGCAUGGAGUUCAUUCUGCGCCACCUGCCCGACUACCGCGACCCGCCGGACGGCGGCGGUCGCCUGGACCAGCUGCUGUCCCUCUCCAUGGUCUGGGCCAACCACCUCUUCCUGGGCUGCAGUUACAAUAAAGACCUGUUAGACAAGGUGAUGGAAAUGGCUGAUGGGAUUGAAGUGGAAGACUUGCCACAGUUUACUACCAGAAGUGAAUUAAUGAAAAAGCAUCAGAGCUAAGGCAGAAGAUUUAUCACGUUUUCAUCAGCAGCUACAGGCUUGGGAAGGAGUCUGGAAUGAAUGACCCUGACACAACAGCACGGGUGUCACGAAUGUGAAGACAGCUGGAACGAAAAGGAGUCUCUAGAUCGGCUUUCCAAAGUUCUCACUCUUCAGUAGCUAUCACUGUCAACGUACACAUGGGUAUUUAUGUAUUUAUAAAUCAUGCACUCUAACAUUGUAAAAGCCGUCUUUUCUAUUUUCAGUUUUCACAUGUCAAAUGUUUUGUUUUAAAUGCCCUUUUUUUAUGUUGAUGUAAUAAGGACAGGUAAUGAAUUUUAUAGUUUGGAUUUUUCAACAAUGUAUCUUCAAGUGUGA